AUGUUCUCCACCACCACAGCAUCGUCGUCGAGAUGCGUGGUCAGAUCUGCGUCCACCGUUAAAACCAGUUAUAAGUCGUGCGAUGCUAUUCGCAGGAGUAGUGGUAGGAGUCACGCGCGUUGUCAUCAACGACAACAACAACAACAACGAAGAGUCGUCGCGACGAUUUUGAGCGUAUCUUUGGAUAAUAAGAUUAGUAACAACAACAACAACAACAUUAGAAGAAGAAGAAGGAGAUAUUCAUCGAGUAUCGUCAAAUCGUCUCAGGACGACGAAAACACCGAAACGCCUUCUUCCACUGGUUUCGAUGGAUUCGAUACCGGAACCACCGUGACGGAUGAGGACCAAGAACGUUUGCAACUCAUGAGCCAAGAAAUCAAAGACUGGUUGAAACUUUUAUACGUGAAACGAGAGAUGUCAUUUAACGAGGUCAAGUUGAUCAUUGGUAUCGAAGAUCCUCGAUUAGCGGACAGAAGAGAACGGUUCGGGAUCGAAGACGAAUCCGGGUGUUCCGCGGAGGAAAAGAUUCAGGUUUUGGAAGACGUGGACGAGGGAAGAGUGCCGACGGAUAUCGUGGCGUGCGAGUUCGUUUUGAACGAGUUGAGAGAGUGGCCUGGGUUGGAUUCGGAUAUCGAGUUACCAGAGAGACGAGAAACUGGACCGUCGAGAUACGAGGAGAUUGCCAUGGACGCGGCUGGAAUUAAAGGGCGAACGAGAAACCCGAAGAGAAUGCUGGACGAUUAUUUGGAGGAAGACGAUAAACCCGAGGAAAAGAAUUUACUUGGAUUUUUGCCUCUUUAUGCCGUAUCCUCGGCUCCGAUUUUCAUCACGAUUUUCGCGUUAGGAAUCAUGUUUGUCAACUCUUUGCAAUAA